CCCAAAUCCAUAUCUCCACUAUCCACUCGCCACGUCAGAUCGGCGGUGCCGGUUCCAAACCGCCGGUAGAUUAAACUAUUAAACUAAAAAAGUUGACUAUUCUACGUGGCGCUACUUAAUUCGCUUCAGUAAUAGCCGUUUUUCAUCAAAGUUUCUCACUUUCCGGCGAGAAAGAGAAGAUCAAAUUAACAAACCGAAUUGCUCUGUUCUCUCUCGAUUCCACCGAUGGGUUGCUUCGGAGGCAGUAAGAAAUCGAGCAAACGAUCGGAGAAGAAUCGAAAAGAUACUUCGAAAAUCAGGAAAACCCUAGGCGGUGGUACAAGCGAUAAGCGAGAUGAUCAGACUUCAGAUUCCACAAAAGUCAGUCCAUAUGGAGAUGGGAAGGUGGAUCAGUUAGCUCUUGAUGUGAAGGGAUUGAAUUUAAACCACCAACCUACUGGGAAGGAAGCACAGACGUUUACUUUUGAAGAGCUUAAGGUUGCUACAGGGAACUUUAGGUCUGAUUGUUUUCUUGGUGAAGGUGGUUUUGGUAAAGUUUUCAAGGGGACUAUUGAGAAACUUGAUCAGGUUGUUGCUAUUAAGCAACUUGACCGUAAUGGUGCUCAAGGAAUCAGGGAGUUUGCUGUUGAGGUGUUGACGUUAAGUCUUGCUGACCAUCCUAAUCUUGUGAAGCUUAUUGGGUUUUGCGCUGAGGGUGAUCAGAGACUUUUGGUCUACGAGUUCAUGCCGCAGGGAUCUCUUGAGGAUCACUUACAUGAUCUCCCAUCUGGUAAAAAACCACUUGAUUGGAACACUCGGAUGAAGAUAGCAGCUGGUGCAGCAAGAGGGUUAGAGUAUCUGCAUGAUAGAAUGAACCCUCCUGUGAUCUACCGGGAUCUCAAAGGCUCAAACAUCUUGCUUGGUGAAGACUAUCAACCAAAGCUAUCAGACUUUGGGUUGGCUAAAGUUGGACCGAGCGGGGAUAAUACUCAUGUCUCCACAAGGGUUAUGGGAACUUACGGAUACUGUGCUCCUGACUAUGCUAUGACGGGUCAGCUCACGUUUAAAUCCGAUAUAUACAGUUUUGGAGUAGUUCUUCUUGAGCUUAUCACUGGAAGGAAAGCAAUUGAUGGUACAAAGGAGCGUAAAGAUCAAAAUUUGGUCGGAUGGGCACGACCAUUGUUCAAAGACAGGAGGAACUUCCCGAAAAUGGUUGAUCCAUUGCUUCAGGGACAAUACCCUGUUAGAGGACUCUACCAAGCACUUGCAAUUGCAGCAAUGUGCGUUCAAGAGCAGCCAAACAUGAGGCCUGUUGUAUCAGACGUAGUCUUGGCUCUCAACUUCUUAGCUUCUUCUAAGUAUGAUCCGAAUAGUCCUAGCAGCAGCAGCAGGAGGAAGAACGCUUCUUUUCACAGAUAUAGAGAUGAUGAAGAGAAAAGACCAGACCUACUCAAGGAAGCAGAAUCUGAAGUGUCUUCAUAGGGAAGAGAGUGGUAAAAAUGUGAAAUCUAGUUUUUUUUUUUUUUGGCUUGGAUAUAAAAACAGACACAUUUUUAACAUCUAUUCGUGGGUGUACAUCUUUGACUCAGCCUCUGUUGUAUGUGUAGCAUGCUUCUUUUUCUGUUACAAACCAUUUUGUUUUUGGGACAUAUAGACAUAUCUAAACAAUAAACAAACACCUUUGUAUAUUCAUAUAUAUUUUCAGAUUAGUCCAUGAUGAUGGUCCUGAUUCUUUUCACAGAGAUAGAGAUGAUGAUGAGGGG